GGUAUUGUGUAUCUGUGCCUUUCCCCUGAUGACUUACACAAAUGUGUAACAGAGACACAAAGACAGCAGGAGCAGACUGUGAGCAGGAACUGGCCGGCCCUGGAUCCUGAACGACCAGCUGCUGCUUGCUUGGUGGAACUGAGGUGAAAGCUCAGAGUCAGAGUGGCAGUCAGGCGCCGACAGAGCAGAGGAAGGAUGACUGCACAGGUUCAGACGACCCGUCCUCCUCCGUAGGAUCCUCUGACUCCAUCAGCCGGAGAUCCAAGACGGCGUCAGGAGGAUGUUUGGCUUUUGGUCAGAGGGAAAUUACAGAUGGAAACCUCAUUUCCUCCCGUUGGUCUGGACUCUUCUGCUGGCAGCCGCGCCGCUCUCAGCGCUUGGAUCUUUCCUGGGAGACACCAAAGCCGUGCUGAAUGGCUGCGAGGACCAGUGGACGCUGCAGGGCGCCGUGGUCGUGCCCCGGCUCUUCCAGAUGACGGUGUGUGUGGACGUGCACGUGGUUGUCCCUGGAGCCUGGGCGGCCUUCCUGUACACCUCGGUGCGCGGUCCCAAUCCUGACCUAGGCCUGGAGGGAGACGCCACGGCGAUUUACGGAUGGUUGCUUCAAGUCCGCCACAGAUUCCCGCUGCAGCUGACGCCGCUACGGUGGCACCGAGUGUGUCUGAGGCGGGACGCCGAGGGCAACUCCUUCAGCCUGGAGGUGGAUGGCCGAUUGGUGGCGGAGAGGACGGUGAUCGCCCAGGCCAUCCCUCCGUCCGGCACCCUGUGGCUGGGCUGCCAUCCCAGACUGCAGCCCCCGGGGGCUCAGCGGGGGAGGGUGGAGCUGUACCUGUUCCGCAUGUGGGCGGACCUGUACGACCACGGUUUGUGUGAGGACGGCUCUGUAAUUGGCUGGGACUCCCGGUUCUGGAGCGUGACCGAUCCCAAAGCCAAAGAGAAGGACCCGUACCUGCUGUGUGAGAAGAAACGUUUUCGGCGAGAAGCAGGAGUGAAGCAGACUCCAGGAAUCACACCUGGUCCGGGAAUGUCUCGGGAAUAUUCUCCAGAUGCUGAAUUCACGCCCAGCCCCCCCAACCUGUCGUCUACAGUCAGGCUGACCACGCCCCCCGCCACCACUGCAGCCCCUCAUCCCAGCAGCAGCGCGGCUGCAGGGCCUGCGCAGUCAGGUGAAGGCUCACCUGUGCUGAAGUGUGACACGCAGCAGCUCUGCUCCAAUGACAGUUCUUAUUUCUGGUUGUCUUUGACUGCUGAGGAUGACUUUGAUGACGACCUGCAGGACCAGGUUUCCAAAGCUUUUUCUUGUGGGAACGCCAUCACCAAACAGACACAGAGCUUCAGAGAUUUCUGUCGGAACGGCGGGAACGUUCAGGUUGUGGAGGCGUCCUGCUCAAACACCACCGUCAGCACAACAGUCUGCGGCGUGCUGCUGCUGCUCAAUGGCACUGUGCCAGCAUGCGACCUGCAACUCAUUGGGGAGUCUGCCCUGCAGCCGUCUGCCCCGCAGCCGUCUGCCCUGCAGUCAUCUGCCUCGCAGCCGUCUGCCCUGCAGUCAUCUGCCUCGCAGCCAUCUGCCCCGCAGCCGUCUGCCCUGCAGCCAUCUGCCUCGCAGCCGUCUGCAGGGUGGACGAGGCCAAACAUCAGAGUUCAGGUGGAACGAGUGGGUCGGAACCUCUGUGAGGGUUUGUCUCCAUCUGAAGGCAGAUUCGUGAGAUGCUCGUCCACGUCUUCUCUGGAAGACAUCUGUCGCUCCAACACUCACUCCAACAUUACAUGCUCCGUCUUGGAGCCGGACUUUCAGCCCGUCUCUGAACCUGGGUCAUCCUUCUGCAGUGAGCCGGCGCCAAACUUCUGUGACUGCACCACUUCCUGCAGUUCUAAAAGUCGGUUUUAUGCCAUGAAACUCAACAUUAGCAAUCAAAGUUUCACAGCUGAGACCCUCAAAAAUAUGUUCUUACAGUCUCCACUGGGCGGUUCUUGUACGCCUAAGAAAUUGUGCGACAUGGUGAAGAAAUCUCAGGCUGUCCGAUUGGAAUGUCAUGGAACGUCGACGAGGCUGUACAGCUGCAUGGUGACUGUGGAGAUGUCUGGACCGGUGGACGACUGCGCCCUCAGACAGACUGUGCAGGAAAUCAUCCAGAAGAACCACGACGUUCAGAUUGAUAAGCCGCUCACUCGCAUGAUGGUGUGCGGUUCUGCUGGUUCGUCUCUGCAAACGCUGUUGGAGUCCAACCUCACCUGGGCAACGAGUGACCUGCAGCCCUCAGACAUGUGCCGGCCUGAGCCCACCCUGCCGCUAUGUGAUGCUGGAGAGACGCUGGCCGUUCUGCUGACUGACCUUUGCCCCUCACAGCCUUUCACAACACAACCUCCAACUCCGAGCAGCACGACACUUAAACCCACACUGCGCUUCAACAACACAACAAGGACACAACCGACGGCCCUUUCUGCACGUUUGACCUCUAAACAGCCGUCAACAUCACAAGUCUUGCUAAAAAACACAAGAAGCACCACAACAGUACAAAAUAAUGUAGUUAACACAACUCCUCUGCCGCCCACACACACACUAACUACAGAUGAAGGCUUGACAAAAUCUCCUAAUCACACAACUGUGACACAACCAACAACAGAACACCAUAAACUGUCACAAACUGUUGUUGGUGAAGAUGCUAAUAUCAACACAACAGAUGCAAACAAUUACUCGACAGUGUACAAUCGCAGCUCCUACACAACAACUGGACCUUUUGUGUCUCAAAGUCACACAACACAAAUCCCAUCUCUGAAGAACAACUACACAACAGAAAACAAUAACAUGACAAUUGAAACCAGCCACGCGUCAACACAACAACACACUGCAGACAAGAACACAACAAUUGGAAAUACAACAACACAAGCUAACAAUUAUUCGGUUCACACUACAGCUACACCCAGCAACAAUAACACAACAAGCCAACAAAAUAAAGGACCAAACACUACAUCAUACAACAUUAUGUCCAGCAAUGAUAACACAACACACAGCAACACAAACACAACACCCUACAUUACAAGAACCAGCAAUGAUCACACAACAUCAACAAGUACAACACACAACAACAAUGGCACACAUUUUUAUAGUUCAACAACUCCCAACAAUGACAAAACAGCAUCAAAAACAACAUCAACACAAGGCAACACAAGUGCAGUGGUGUACACAACAGCAAGCUCCAGAGAUGAAAACACAACAUUAAACUAUACAGCAUCAUACAACAUAAUGAUCAACAAUGAUAACACAACACCUAGCAACAUAAACACAACAUUGUACAGUGGAACCACAAACACCAGCAAUAACACAACAUUUAGUACAAAAACACAACACAACAACACAAUGGCAGAUGGUGCAACCACACACAGCAACAUUAACACAACUUUAAUAAGCACAACUUUGUACAGUACACAAACACCCAUCAACAAUCACACAACAUCCUACACUACAGCACCCAGAAAGAAUGACACAACAAAUGCCACAACUAAAAGCAACUUUCCGUCCAGAGUUUCAGCAACAACUAACAUCAAUGACAGAACUGUUGUCACUCACCCAACAGUCACAAACAAUUACACAACCACACAAACUAGUCCAGGAGCAACUGAAACAACAACUUCUACACUCGUUCCUCUGGUCAGGUAUACAGACUCACAACAAUCCACUUCAACAAAAGUACCCUUCAAUCACACAGGUAUGAACAACAAAACUGACGGCUACACAACAAAGAGUCCUCUUUCCUCUCGUAGUUACACAACACAAAAUGAUACCUCCACUGCCAACAGUAGUUACACAACAGUCCAGUUUCUAACUACAACAAUCAGAAAUUCCACAACAUUAGAUGGAACUACAACCAAAACGCACAACACAACAACCAACAAAUCACCAGAAAUAACUGACAAAUACAUCAAACUGAACAAUACAACAACACAAAACAACAGCUCUUUAUCAGAGCCCACAAGCCCACCGCCACUAUACAAGUUAACACCAGAAAAUAAUGACACAAUACACAAUACAUCAACACUUGAUGCCAUUACAGCUCACACAACGGCAGACCCUGAAACAACAGCCACACAAAAUCCCACAACAGUGCACACUUUCACCGGCCAUAGCAGCAAAAGUGCACAAUACAACAAUUCAGUAACAGCAGAAAGAGGAAGUAGUACACUUACCCCGACAGCCAGUUACACAGACUCACAACAGAGGAGCAGCAAUUACACACAAGAGUACAAAGAAAAUGGAGAAACCAGCAACUACACAACAACUGGUCCUCUAACAUCUCCAAACUACACAACAGCUGAUCAAAACUACACAACGCACAGUAAUGCCUUUGAUAGCUACACAACGAUAAACAAUGUAACUACAAAAAAUGACAUUUCCAUCACAACUAGCCAAAUCAGCGCAAUGACACACAACACAACCACAUUUAUCAGCAACUACACAACACCUGAAAAAGGCGACAAUCUUACCACUGACAGCAAUACGACUACAGUAAGAAACAUUUACACCACAGGGUACAACACAACAACAAAUAACAGUGACACAACACAAAAUGACACAACAACACCCAGUAACAAUUUUACAACAAAUAUAACAAUGCUCAGUAGCAGUUACACAACAAUGGACAGCACAACACCCAGCAGUGAUAACACAACUUCUGACAGUGAAACAAUAAUGCAGAAUUACACAACACCUCACAAUUUCACCAAUGUUAGUAACAAAAGUGUACAGUACAACACUUCAGAAACAACUGAAACAAGUACAACACUUACACCAACAACCAGUCACACAGACUCACAACACACUACUUUAGUGAGUACUGAUUACACACAAGACUAUAAUCAAAGUAGAGAAACUAGCAACUACACAACGGUACUCAGCACAACACCCAGCAGUGAUAACACAACUUCUAACAGUGACACAACUACGAUUCAAAAUUACACAACACCUCACAGUUUCACCAAUGUUAGUAACAAAAGUGUACAGUACAACACUUCAGAAACAACUGAAACAACAAGUACACUUACACCAACAACCAGCCACACAGACUCACAACACACUACUGAUUACACACAAGGCUAUAAUGGAAGCAGAGAAACCAUCAACUACACAAUACUCAGCACACCAACCAGGGGUGAUAACACAACUUCUGACAGUGACACAACUACAAUACAAAGUCAUACAACAGUUUACAAUUUCAGCAACAACAGUUUUUUAUACAACAGUUCAGGAACAACUGAAACAAUAAGUACCACUCUCACACCAACAACCAGUCACACAGACUCACAACACACUACAGAUUACACACAAGGCUAUGAUGGAAGUAGAGGAACCAGCAACUACACAACAGUUAACUCCUUUACAACUGAGAAUUAUCCAACACAAAAUAAUGUUUCAACUCCUUUGAACAGCUACACAACAGGGAAAGAUACAACCCAAAGACAAAACAGCACAACUCACAAUACAACCACAAUAUACAGCAAUUUCACAUCUGCAACUUUAAUAAGCAAAAGUGAUCAUAAUGCAACUACAGCAAACACAAAUGACACUACGAGAAGCAGUAACACAACACCAUAUGUUACAACACACAGUAAUAGUCUAGCAACGACUAAUAAUACAAAAUUGUUGGCUAGCAAUUCCUCAACACACAGAACAACAACACCCAGCAACAAUUACACAACAGUGUACAACACUUCAACAACCAGCUACAAUCGUCCAACAACAUAUGAGACAACAACGCAGAGCAAAAGUAACUUCACAGUCAACAACACAACAACAACGAGCAGCAAUCCUGAAGCAAUUCACAAUACAACAGUCAGCAACAGUAACACAACAACAAAUGACACUACAACACCUGGGAGCAAUGGUACAGAGUUGUAUAGCCUCUUAACAACAACAAUGCACAACACAACACCCAGUACCCCUUACAAAACACUGAAAAAUACAACUCUUCCUGACAGCGAUGACACAACAACUGACAACAAAGACAUCACUGACAGCAGCUACACAACCCCAGUACCUGCUCUCGCUGCUGUGUGUCCAAAUAAAACAACUUGCAGCCCGACUGUUGCACCCAUCAGUGCACCGCAGAACAUCACAAACACUGUCAGGAUGAACACAACUGUGUCGUCAGCUGCUACACAAAAGCCUGAACCAACGGCCACAAAAAACCCCAGCAUAGAAAAUCUGAAGUCCAGCCACACAACUAAAACUCCCCAAGUUACCACAGACACAACCACAGUCAACACAAACAUGUACCUCACAACCAGCGGGGGGAGCAUUCACAAUACCACAAGAACAGUUGUCAACGCACCGAUAACAACUACAACCACUGCUACUCCGGCCAAAGCUAACACAACUACCACAAAAGCUGCAAACGCCGUCACAACAACUGCAGCACAGACGUCCACCACAACGAGCCAAGCAGAAACCCAACUCAACAAUCUGUCCAACCUGACCAAAGAUGCUUCUCAGCUCAGCUCCUCCGAGAUCUCUGAUGUGGUGAAGGUUCUGGAUACAGUCCUGCAGGGCCCCAACGUCUCCAAGUCCUCUGGAAAAAAGGUUCUAGACGUCAUCAGCAACCUUCUGGAUGCUGACGAGUCCGCUCUGUCUGGAUCUGCUAACAGCUUGAUUAAGAUGGUGGAGAAGCUCGGCGUGUUGCUGGAAGUCACCGGAGACACAGAGACCGUCUCAGCAACAUCUCUAGUGCUGGCGGUCAGAACCGUGGACAGCACCAACUUUGUGGAAACGUCUGUUGACGUUUAUUCCCCAAACGACGUCCAGCUCUCCCCCAGCAGUACCCGGAGGAAGAGGUCUGCCUCCCCGCUGGGGUCAGGGUCUCUGCCCAGCUCCCUCAAAUCCGCCUCCCCGCUGGGGUCAGUGUCUCUGCCCAGCUCCCUUUUAUCCGGCCUCUCUCCUGAGGAGCAGCAGAAUGCCAGCAGGGUCCAGUUCACCUUCUACACCAAAAACUCCCUCUUUCAGGACAUUUCUCUGAAUAAUCAGACCAACGUCAGUCAGAUUCUGGGCUCCAGUGUGGCAAAUCUGUCAAUAAGCAACCUGGCAGACAACAUCAGGUUUAGCAUCAGGAACCCUGGGGAGCCGCAAAUCGAUCCGCAGGUAACUAACGCCACUUGUGUGUUCUGGGAUUACGCUCUGAAUGGUGAGAAAGGAGGCUGGAGGUCCGACGGCUGCUUUGUGGUCAACGUCACUUCUACGCACACGACCUGCAGCUGCAACCACCUCACCUCCUUUGCAGUCCUGCUGGAUCUGUCCAGAGAGGGCAUCAUGGACCGGCAGCAGGCAGAAAUCCUGACCUUCAUCACCUACAUUGGCUGUGGAAUCUCCUCCAUCUUUCUGAGCGUCACCCUGCUGACGUACCUGCUGUUCCCAAAACUGCUGCGGGACAUUCCAGCAAAGAUCCUGGUCCAGCUGUCCUUGUCUCUCCUUUUGCUCAACCUGGUCUUUCUGCUGGACAGCUGGCUGUCGCUCUACGAUGCAGUCGGGCUGUGCAUUAGCACCGCCUUCUUUCUGCACUACUUCCUGCUGACAUCGUUUACGUGGGCGGGACUUGAGGCGCUGCACAUGUACCUGAGCAUCGUGCGAGUGUUCACUCCUUACCUGAACAAAUACAUGCUGAAGUUCUCCCUGAUGGGAUGGGAUUGGAGCCGCACAGCCACCAAACACAGGAAGACCACUUCCAUGGCUACAGGGACCACCUCAAACCCCGUGUCCACGUCUCGCGUUUCUGUCGCCAGCGAUGUCACCAACAGUAGCGGGUCGGCGCCCACAGACAGCGGGAUCUCCAGCGGCUCCAACAUCGAUGUCCUUCUCAACGAGAUUCACGCCACCAACCUGGACCUGCAGAGUGAAGCCUGA